AUGGGAGGUUCAAGAUUUGAAAGAGAGUUGGAAUUUGUCCAGCUUCUUUGUAAUCCCGAAUACCUCCGGUGGCUAGCUCGAGAAGGCUACUUUGAAUCUGAAGAGUUCAGAAGCUACCUGAAGUAUCUAGAAUAUUGGAAAUCACCAAAAUAUUCAAGAUUUCUGGCUUAUCCUCAAUGUUUGGUGAUUUUAGAGUAUCUAAACAGCAAAAAUGUUAACAGUAUAUUGAACAAUGAAAGUUUUUUUUCGACUUUGGGUGAACAGCAACAUUUUAUAUGGCUAAACAGGCAUAAAGAAGAUUGGAAUAAACAGUAA